CCCAGAUCAACAAACACCUUUACUCCCGGAACUAUUGACUCCGGCACCGGUCCAGAAUUUCACCUCCGAUAAACAAACCGGUGGCGCAAUACGCAGCCGGCCUACCGAUCAGCGAUCAAGGAUCUUCAAUCAUAUCGUGCGCCAGUAGGCUACAAUGGGAGAUAUGCUGAUAUGGCUACUCUUCUUCUUCAUAGUCGUAGCUAUACUUGUUAUGGUUAUUUUCCAGCUCAUCUCCUUAACUGAUCUAGAGUUUGACUAUAUCAAUCCUUACGAAACUGCAUCUCGUAUAAACAAAGUUGUUUUACCUGAGUUCAUCACGCAAGGAGUUCUGUGCUUCCUCUACCUGGUUACAGGGCAUUGGGCUAUGUCGCUUUACUGCGUUCCAUAUCUAUACUACAAUGUCAAUUUGUACAUGCAAAGACGGCACCUUAUAGAUGUUACUGAGAUUUUUAAUAUGCUCAGUUGGGAAAAGAAACAGAGGAUUUUCAAACUUGCCCACAUCAUAAUUCUUCUCGUCAUCUCAUUAUUUUGGGUGAUUUAUUCUGCCUUGGAGGAUGACGAGCUCGAUUUAUAGCUCCAAAUCCCCUCUUUCGACGAAGUAUUUAUCACCAUCAACUGUG